AUGUUUAUCAAGUGGUGUGUUUUUAUUCAAUGCUUAUUAUGUAUCACCCUGCUAAAUGCAGCCAUUGUAACUCAAAAGGAUAUUUUAAAUCAGCACUUGUCAGAGGUACUUGCAAAGAGAUGGAUACAGCAACACAAAAUACCCGCAAAUGAGAUUAUCGCUCAAAUAAAAGCACGUAUACAUACUCAGAUGGUAUCCAAGAUUUCCGCUUCAAUAUCUCAAAAAGUGAAAACAAAUCUUAAAAUUAAAGUCUCUGUCAUGGGUGGAACUGUUCGGGUCGACCAGACACAAAUUGAAGCUAUUCAAACAGCUGCUGUUGAUGGCCUUGAAUCUCAUAUUUCUAACACACUAGAAAAGAAGAUAGACAAGAUUGUUUCCAAUUCACUUGCAGGAUUUGAUACAUCAUCAUUAAACCGUGUAUCUCGAUUACUAAAGGCAGAAACUAUCAUUCAAUCUCAACUGCAACUUCAGUUACCAGACAUUCAAAAAACACUACAUACUUGCCUUGACACUCAAUUGAAAACACAUAUUCAAGAUGUAGAGAUUGAUAUCCCUGGUAUUCUCAAAAUUCAGAUAGAAGCGCAAGUAGACGUGACAUCUUCUAUCCAAACGAUUGUACAACAUAUAUAUCAGUCUUAUGCUGAUGUGAGUAUUGCAUUAGCGGUAUAUCAAUCUUUACAUCAUACCAAAAAGGGUACCUUGUGAUAUGCAGGGAUUUCAUUGGACAAAUUUGUGCUACGAAAACAAGGCACAGACUGGUCUUUGCUUGUGUUUACUUACAAAUGAUACAGAAUGAUGUGCUAUAAACCGCAGCAUAGAGAAAGUCCGACAAACAAUCAUGGAAACAAAAAACUUG